AUGGCUGUGCCCGAAAAGUCUCCGGUGCCGCAAGAUGGCGUCGCCUUGACAAACAAUGGAGUGAACCCUACUAGUACGCCUCCCAAGAAACUUUUGGGGAGAGAAUUCUACCAGAGCCUGGGAAGUCCCAAAUAUAUUGUGGCUCCUAUGGUCGAUAGAUCUGAAUUUGCGUGGCGCAUGCUCACUCGAUCUUUUAUGAAACCGGAAGAGGCCAAGAGUAUACUUGCCUAUUCACCCAUGUUUCAUGCGCGCCUUUUUCGAGAGACACCUGGUUUCCGUGCGCAAUAUUUCCAGCCCACCCGCUCUGUUCUUGGAGGCGACGACGAUUCCCCAUAUCUUGACGGAAAUCCGGCCAUAGAUCGCCCUCUUAUUGUUCAGUUCUGCGCAAAUGACCCAGAUGACCUUCUUGAAGCUGCACGCCAUGUUGCUCCAUACUGCGAUGCGGUUGACCUGAAUCUCGGGUGUCCGCAAGGCAUUGCAAAGAAGGGCCACUAUGGAGCCUUUCUACAAGAAGACUGGGAUCUCAUUUACAAGUUGAUUAACAGGCUGCAUACGGAAUUGCCAGUUCCAGUCACCGCUAAAUUCCGUAUUCAGGAGACAAAGGAAAAGACAUUGGAGUAUGCAAAAAUGAUCCUUUCCGCUGGUGCGAGCAUAAUCACGGUUCAUGGACGACGCAGAGAGCAAAAGGGCCACAAUACUGGUUUGGCAGAUUGGAGUUAUAUCCGGUACCUGAGGGAUAACCUCCCACCUGAGACGGUUAUUUUUGCCAACGGGAAUGUCCUCAAUCAUGACGAUCUAAGCAGUUGUCUGGAGGCCACGGGCGCAGAUGGUGUUAUGAGCGCUGAAGGCAAUCUCUCGGAUCCGACUAUCUUCAGCACUCCUCCACCAGUUGGUAGCGAAGGUAGAGAAUACUGGAGAGGCAGAGAUGGUAGAGGGGGCUACCGAGUGGACGCCAUUUUACGCAGAUAUAUGGACAUUAUUCAUCAAUACGUCCUAGGUGCACCUGUCCCCGAGCGGAAGCCUCUUUAUAUUCCAGGUGAUCCUACAGAGCAGCAUGAUGAGCCAGCAACGGAAAAGGCGGACGGAAAAGAUGAAGAAGGGCCACCAAAGAAGAAACAAAAGAAACAGAAAAAUAAGAGAGCCCCCUCACCAAGUCUAGUUGGAAUGCAAGGACAUCUGUUCCAGCUUUUGCGGCCACUAGUCUCGAAACACACACAUGUCAGAGAUGCUCUGGCCCGAUCUCGCGCCGGUGACAUUGCAGCAUUUGAGAAUGUCCUUUCUCUUGUGGAGGAAGCUGUGAAGAGUGGUCUCCAAGAAUAUGAACAAUUCCCGGAACGAUUCGAACAAACCACCGCAGAAGGCUUGACUGGUUCCAAGGCUACUAUUGCAAAGUAUGGAAGACCCUGGUGGGUCUGCCAACCACACAUCCGGCCGCUCCCUGAAGAGGCCAUAGAAAACGGAGCUAUGCAACUGAAGAAAAAGGACAUUGAAAAGGCCAAUCAGACCAAUGGUCAAACUGCAGAGAAGGCGACAAUUCCCGAUUCGAAGGAAGCCACUGGCUCUAACACCGUGAAUACGGAACCUGCCUAG